AUGGCUCCCGCACUGCUCGUCGAUACACCCAGCAAAACCGAGAGGCGGCUCCCGGUUACCCUUCUCAGCGGAUUUCUCGGGUCGGGCAAAACAACUCUUCUCGAACAUAUCUUGACAUCUCCUGAACAUGGCCUCCGAAUAGGCGUCAUAGUCAACGAUGUUGGCGCGCUGAAUAUAGACGCGGCCCUACUCACCUCGCACGACGUCACUCGUAAGGAGGAGCAGAUAGUUGCCAUGCAGAACGGCUGCAUCUGCUGUACCUUACGAGGCGACUUGCUCGAAGAAGUUGCAAGGCUUGCAGAGGAGAGACAGGUUGAGUAUCUCGUCAUCGAGAGUUCCGGAGUUAGCGAGCCAAUGCAAGUCGCCGAGACCUUCUCUGAGGAGUUUGCCGACAUGCAUAUCGCCGCAGGGUACGACCUCGAGGCAGAGGAUCAAGGAAACAAAGAAAAUAAUAAAAAACUUGCCGAAAUCCUAAAAUCCGGCGGGCUCUCCAAGGUAGCGCAUCUCGAUACUUGCGUCACGCUCGUAGACGCCGUAAAUUUCAUGCAGGAUUUUGCAACAGCUGACUUCUUAGUGGACCGUCAAACUGAUGUCCCACAGGAGGACGAUAGGAACAUUUCGGACUUGCAGGUUGAUCAGGUAGAAUUCGCAGAUAUUGUCAUAGUCAACAAGUGCGACCUAGUUACCAAGGACGAAGUGAAUCGGAUUAAAGGGGUCGUGAAAAAGCUUAACCCUAACGCCAAGAUCGUCUCAACUGUCAAAUGUCGGCUAGAUAUAGGCGAGAUAUUGGAUACUCGUUUGUUCUCGUACGAAAAGGCGGCCCUCAGUGCCGGAUGGCUAAAGAGUCUAAACGAAGAGAUCAGCCCCGAGACGGAAGAAUACGGGAUAGGUACAUUUGUCUAUCGAGCUCGUCGUCCCUUCCACCCGGCACGGCUCUGGGAUAUGAUCAAGUCGGUAUUUGUCGUUAUUCAGACGGAGUACCAGAUCGAAGGAGAAGACAUGGAUGUCGAUGAUAUAGAUAGUGCUGUCGAAGACAAGGGCGAGGACGAUGAUGAGGACGAAGAGACUGACGAUGACACCGAUAUGGAGGACGAGCAACCUCAACUUGACCCCAAAGCACGAUUGGCUUCGAAGAUGGCAGACGGCACUUUCGGGCCGCUGCUACGGUCAAAGGGAUUUCUGUGGUUAGCAACUAGGCCUAGGAUGUAUGGUGAAUGGUCACAAGCAGGUGUAAUGUUGACCAUAUCUGGGCAAGAUCUCUGGCGCUGUGAGAUUCCGGAGGACGAAUGGCCGUCGGACCUAGAGACGAGAAAAGCAAUAACCCGCGAUUUCGACGGAAAGUGGGGAGAUCGGCGACAGGAACUUGUCUUCAUCGGCCAGCAAAUGAGGAAUGGUGGUGAAAAGCGUUUACGAAAGGCUCUCGACGUCUGUCUCUUAGACGAUGAAGAGUUCCUCGAUUGGGAGGCCGCCAUGGAGUCUGAUGAUAUCCAGGAGAAGUUGGACGAACUAUUCGAGGACGGAUUCGAAGAUUGGCUCGAGACUAGCCACGAAGGACAUGACCAUAGUAACGGUCAUAGUCACGGAGACCAUAAGCACUGA